ACCGCGUAACAGUCGGGUUUGAUUAUCCAUAUACAGGGUCAAGGUUAACCUAAGGAUGAAAGCCAUUAUUUCCCUUGCUGUCCUUUCAGUGACAAUCCUAAUUAUAGAGGGAGAACAUGACAAAAUGUUGAAGCCCUCGAAAAAUUUCAGAAAUGGUUCGUCAAAGAUAAACGUGUCUCCAUUUCUUAGAAAAAUCAGGAGUUCUCCAGACUUAGGGCCAGAAAUUUUUCAAGAACCUGAUAGCAAGCAAAGUGAUGAUUCUGAUGAUGAAAUUGGAGCUAAAUUAAUGGACGAUUUCAUAUACUUUCUUACAUUAAAAGAUUCUGGAAUGCUGGAUAUGUGCCUAUCAUUUCGAAAAUGACGACAACGAAAACAAUGAGUACAAACAAGCCAAAUUAAGACAACGUGUGAAGAGUGCUUCAAUAUAUACUUUAAUAUGAUCUUUAAGCUUAUUUUGGUUUAAAUAAAGACUUUUACUCUAAG